AUGUGUUCCCGCGGCUCCUGCCACAGCCACGAGACCUCCUGCCAUGAGUCCCGCUCCUCCUGCCACGACUCGGGGGCCUCGUGCCACUACACCAUCCAGAGGCAGCCUGUGCAGAAGUUCAGCUACGUGAUGCCCUGCUGCCCCCCGGUGCAGCCCUGCUGCCCCCCUGUGCAGCGUUACUGCCCCCCAGUGCAGCCCUGCUGCCCCCCAAUGCAGCGCUACUGCCCCCCAGUCUGCCCCCAGGUCACCAAGAACAUCUGCAAGCUGCCAUCGUGCUACCCCAAGUACUGAGGGCACACUGGAUGGCUCCUGCCUUGGAUGUUCUCCAUGCCUGAAGCUUCAAUCAACGGUUCUUUAUUCCUAUUUUUAAUUUGAUCCUCGAAUUCUUCAUCUGUGAUUAGAAUUGGGUUCCUGGUUUUGCUCUAAUUUGGUUUAAUUUGCUCGGCAUGCAAGACCCAGCUCAGGUUGCUUCCCAUGAAGCUGGGAAUGAUUCCUGCUGCUUUUCAUCCCUCUGACAGCCUCCAAAACAAUAAAAAUUGAUUUCCAAAAGUAAAA